GAGACGGAUUCGUGAACAAACACCCAUAACAUGUAUCUGUCUAGGGUUAGGGCGAGAGUUCAAAGCUGUGGAGAGUGUGAUCUUAUUAGUCUUGAAGUCUGAAAGCACGAGGCCAUACAUAACUUGCAUAUGUGCAGGCUGGGUGUCAUUGUCGUUUGACAAGUUAAGAGUUUGACCGAUUCGGGCGUGAUUUUCACACUGAUAGAAGAAAUAGUUAACAAAGCCUGGUGAAACGCAAAAAGUUGAAGGUUCGAGGAGCUUGUACAAGAGCGUGGUACAGAAUGGGGAUCUUCUUGAACAGGCGCCACAGGAUCAGCACCUUCAACUGUAACUGGGAUGUUAUUUUGGAUACUGUGUGUUUGUUGGUUGUUUUAUCUGCAAGCUGUUUGCGCACAAUAUUUCUUUUGGUCACUGUGCCACCUUCGUUAUGGCGGGGAAUGUCGGGGGUUGUGUCACCGUGUGGAGGUCAACCUCGGCUUAGACUACUGCAACAACGGCAUGGGGUACCAGGGCACCUGCUGCGUGGCACUACCGUGCUGGUACAUUGGUGGUAUUUGCCGACAGUGGUGCAUGCCAGACUACGAGACGAAGUAUUCCUUGCCAACAACAUGCCCACACUUCAGGUCAACCUGCUGCAUGCCUGUCACUAGGAUGUCUCCCAACUCUACAACUACCACAGAUACAUUUCCAAGGGAAACAACAGUACCGACACCAUUACCAACAUGGACGACGACACCCAGAGUCGACACAUCUGCUGUAACGUUUUCAAGCUUUGAAACAACUUUACAUGGGUCUACCUCAACAGGAACUUGUGGCAAACGAAGAUACAUCGGUUCCUUUCCUCUCAACAGCACACGUGGGGCAUGUGUGUUCCCCUGGGUUGUGUCAAUAAGGACCACAUACAGCCAGCACUACUGCUCCGGGGUGCUGGUAUCUGACCACGCCGUGUUAACAGUCACUGGAUGCGUGGAUGGGGUUUCAACAUCUCAACUAGUUCUAACAUUGGGAGAAUAUGACGCAACACAAGCGGAAUCCACAGAAGUACAGGUGGAGGUUGUAUCCAUCACUAGGCACCCGCACCACACAGCCUUCACCAGAGGCUUUGAUCUCGUGCUGUUGGAGUUUGCCGAAGUUGUGAACCACCCCUGCAUUUCCCCAGUGUGUCUACCUAAGGUCAACACAUCUCCGGUCAGUCUCGGGUUUGGACGGUGUCUGGUGGCUGGGUGGGGAGAUAUCACAGAUCCAGAUGUGUCGAGUGUGCUCGAAGUUCGGCCAGUGAGAGUGUACGAAUCCUCCAUGUGUUCUCAACUGCUGUUGGCCAUGAAUGCCAACGGCACGGUGCCUGAUGACGUAAUUUGCUCUCUACAAGACGACGAAGAGGACACUGAUUGCAAAACUGAUGGCGGGAGUAUGUUGAUAUGCCCCGAUGAAAACACCCAGUACUUCCUGUUUGGCAUCGUUACAGAAUACACGUGUACUGACUAUGCGGUGACGCUUUAUACCGAUAUAAGUAGUCAUAUCGAAUGGAUCGAAAGCAACUUAUCAUGACGAUCUUACUUUUGUGAAUUUAUGUUGCGGAUCAACGAGUCGCUGCUUCGGACAGGACGAGGUGUUGUGUAUUUAAAUCAAUUCAAUUGAUAAAUCGUAAAUGUUGUAAUAUUUUUGUAUUUCAAAGAGUGUGAUUAAAGGAAUAAUUUCAAUGAGA